AUGGCCAAACCUCACCCUCAAGACAAAUCGAAGGGUGCACCAAAGCCCAACGCGCGGAAUAUUCAAACUCCCGAGGCCACUCCUCAGCCACAGGGAAAUGCUGCCACGCCUCAGCCGCAGGGAAAUGCCACUCCUCAGCCACAGCGAAAUGCUGCCACUCCUGAGUCCCAAACGACUGCUCCCAAUGACAGAAAGCGCAAAGCACCGCUCGAACCUGAACAUCAACAGAAGCAAGGCGCUAGCGAGGGCACGAAUGCGCAACCAAUAUUGAACCCUGCGCAUGUGGAAACAUCUGUCUCUGCCUCGACGCCAAUUAAUACAAAUAACUCGACUUCAGUGGAUGAUUCCCAUGACGCAGAUAUCGAUGUCGACGCAGAUCAAAGUGAUAGUGAUCAAAGUGACGGUGAUCAAAGUGUUGGCGAGCCUAUUGAAGAGGACCCCCCCGACACCUAUCUAUCCAUGGACGAUCUUUCGGGUAUGCCUAAAGCGUACGAAAAAUGCGACACUUUAUUUACUCCUUUAAACCAGACAAUAAGGGGCGCAAAUCAGGAACACAAUGUGUUAAGUAUUGACGAUGGAACAAUCCCGGCACAAUCGUAUAGUGCGUUUUGCUCAAGCUAUAUCGCAAUGAUGCGCAAAGCAAAAGAAGAGAAAGACGCAGAUGCAGGAUGGCGAGCAUUCCACACCACCUACGAUAUAUUAAAGGCUUUCAACGAAAGACAUCAUCUUCCAAAGAAAUGGAAUAUUGAUAGACACAAAGCUCACGAGAAGAUAGGCACUGACGAUCCCCGGGGAGAUGAAAUGUACGAUUUAGCUCCUGAAGACGACAAUGAAAAUGAGCCUCAAGCUGAAGUGGAGCCAGAAGCCGAAUCCAAAAUUGACGACUCAGAUGAAAGGCUCUUCUCACGUUCGGUACGCACCGAGCUUGACAAUAUAGAUGCAAGGGCGGUGAAGAAAAGACCAUUGAACUUUGGAGAGGUUAUCUAUUGGUGGCGUGUUGGAACUGGCACUCAGGUUCUUGUUCAACAUGGAGAUGAUUCCUGUCCCAUAUUCCGUAUACGCGCAGGGUCUUAUCAGCUUUACGACAAACGUGUUACCGACCAAGUCUUAUCGUCACAAUCUCGAGGCAAUGCAAAGUUUAUUGCUACCGCAGAAGACGGUACUAAGACAGAAGCUUGGAGAUACCGCAAGGACCAGGUUCGAUCUAUACUAGGGGUUGGAUUCAAAAUUGAAGACGACAAGGAGUACGGAAUUAAUUCAAAGCUCGCCAUUAAGCCAGGCUAUGCGGGAGAGUCCUACCCACAGACACGUCUAAUAAUAUUAUGGCGUGAUAACACAACUACACUUGAGGACAGAAGCUUUGCUCGCAGAAUACUGCUGACCAAGGAUCAUGGGAUCUACCAGCUCGCAAGCGAAAUGGAGAAUGCAUAUUGGCAGCGACAUGGGAUACCAGAGGACUCAGAAACCGACAUGAGCGACUCCGAUAGCGACACUGAAAGUGAUCAUGUGAGCGAGAGCGACUCCCAAGAUUACAGCGAUUCAGAGAGCGACCAGAUACCUCCAAGGCGAAGGGGUUCAAGGGUAAAGACGAGAUACUCUAGUCGGCACCAUUCAAGCCUAUCGGCAGACCGAAAGAAAAGAAUCUCUGAUCUGGAGAAGGAACUUGAGAAGCUCAGAUUGUCUGAGAAAAACAGAUCCAAAUCUAAAUCUAAAUCCAAGAGUCCGCAUACCCGAAGGACCCGAAAGACCCAAAAGUCACAGGGUCAAGUUGAAAGGUCGAAGAAAGCAAAUGGCAAGCGUAAAUAG